AUGAAGCAUAUGCUCCUUUCUGCCCUCUUUGCGGGCCUCGCAUGGGCAUCUCCCACCCAACCAGCCGUCACUGCUGUCAACACUACCACCUGCAAUGGUCAAACUUUCGUUUAUGAUGCUCUCGCAGGGUAUGGUUUCACUCCUUCUGAUGCACGUGACAAAUUUGGCGACACCGCUGGGGGCAUCGGCAGCAGCGCGGCUAUCGACCUGAGAUCGUGGAAAGUGGACAGAGCUGGCGUCUACUCUGGCAUCCUUUGGGCUCUCCCUGAUCGUGGAUGGAACACAGAAGGCACCCUCAACUUUCAACCCAGAGUACACAAAUUCCAAAUCACAUUCAAGCCCAACUACGCGUCUACUACUCAGAACCCUAGCUCGCCGAAUCUCCAGUUGAAACUGGUCGACACCGUCCGUUUCACCGAUCCGUCCGGCACACCGAUGACCGGUCUUGACCCUGAUGGCCAUGGACCUUACCUCACGUUCCCCGGUUUCCCUUCGCUGCCUUCCGCCACCUAUACGGGUGAUGGCUUCGGAGGCAAUGGUACGGGAGGGAGACGCGCCUCGUUGGAUUCGGAAGGCCUGGUCCUCGCCCCGGAUGGGUCCUUCUGGAUCUCUGAUGAAUAUGGCCCGUACAUAUACCAUUUCUCCCAAACUGGCCGUAUGCUCUCGGCAAUUCGACCACCGGCCGCCAUCGUCCCUGAACGCAACGGCACCGACUCAUUCUCUGCCGCAAGUCCGCCGAGAUAUGACCCGGACCUUCAGACGAUCCCCGAAGACAAUCCCACCGGACGUGACAACAACCAAGGCCUGGAAGGUCUCACCGUCUCCUCUGACGGCAGAACCUUGUAUGCCCUGAUGCAGUCAGCUCUAAACCAAGAGGGAGGGCUCAAGAAGAGCACCCGGGCUAACACUCGCCUCCUGGAGUACGAUAUUUCCAACGCUUUCAAUCCGGUCUACAAGGCUGAAUAUAUCCUUCCUCUGCCAACGGAUUCUUCUGGCCGGGUGGCGGCCCAAUCUGAGAUGCAUUAUAUCAGCCCCACCCAAUUCCUCGUGCUUGCCCGUGAUUCCGGUCGCGGACAUGGCCAGGACAAGUCGGAGUCGAGGUAUCGGCAAAUCGAUGUCUAUGACAUCUCCCAAGCCACCAACAUCAAGGGUCCGACCUAUGAUUGCUCUAGCUGUGCUGUGGCAUCCGUUGACGGUGUGCUCAAGUCUGGCAUCACGCCUGCCACUCACUGCCCCUGGCUGGACUUCAAUGUCAACUCGCAGCUCAACCGGUUCGGGCUCCACAAUGGGGGGGACCAGGAUGCAACACUGUUGAACGAGAAGUGGGAGAGCAUCGUGCUCGCACCUGUGAACCCGUCCAGCAAAGACUGCAAGGAUGGACGCCUCAAGGCCGAUGGGGAAUAUUUCAUCUUCAGUCUGAGCGACAACGACUUUAUCACGCAGAAUGGGUUCAUGGAAGGUGGGAAGCUCCCGUACGCAGAUGAGAGUGGGUACAACUUGGACAACCAGGCUUUGGUGUUCCAAGUCAAGCUGCCGACUUCUUGA